CAUUAGCUUCUGAUUAUACAAUAAUGCAUUGGUAUUAAAUGACCUUUUCUCUUAUUUUGUGAAUGUUUGAAUCGCACGAUCUGAUUAGAAAGAAAUCAACAUACAGGCUCUUCAAACAGGAUGGCUGCAUUUAAAAUACUUUCCAUCCUCGGAACUUCAUGUUUGUUGCUGGCAUCCAUAAUGUACAUUGUCGGGUUAGUUACCAACAAAUGGGUGGUGACAACUUUUUCUGUAGAUGGCGGACAACUGUACGAUGUGAUGAAUAAAGCGUUUAACACGCCGACAAGAAACCCAUUCCUCACAGCACCAUAUAACAAACAACGAUUUGCUCGGGAUUUAUCACAAAAAAUCUCUCAGUACGGUGCUGGUGACUUUGAUAUUGGGAAUCUGAAAUAUUACUUGGCUCAGGUGAAAAAAUCUCCUUAUUUCCGAUCAAUCUCGAUCAAUAUAGAGGCGAGUUUCGGACUGAAGCAUGUGUGUCUUGAUGUGAAAGUCAAAAGCGAUUCUAUUCCGAAAGCUUUCCUUAAUCAAAUUAACAGUUUGAUUAAAGCUAAUGGUAGAAUGUAUUUGAAAUGUUACAGUACCACUUUUCUUAAAGAAAGUUCUAAGCUACAAAGCGCGGCAGCAUCGAAUAUUGAAGGAGGUCUAGGAGUUUUGAUGCAACAGUCAAAGAAACUUGAGAUGGAUGCUUUUGACGCAUUGGAUAAGGUCAAUGUUUGCAUCAUAUUGGCAACUGUAUUUGCUUCACUUGCCUUGAUCGUUUCAUUCAUUAAAUUACCUUGCGUCACUAUUCCUAAAAAGCAAUGGAUUGUGGGUAUAACUGUUAGUUUAGCUAUCAUUGCAGCUUUAUCAUCGGUUGCUGGUGUUGCUAUUUUGAAAAAAGACUUUCAUUUCAAGGACGACAUUGAAGAUUACAAAGAGGUCGCUAUCACGUAUCUCAAGACCUAUCAGAAAGAAGCAUACGCCCAAUACGCCCCUUUCUUUGACGUCAUAAAAAUCACAGAGAAGAUUGGCUACUCGCACAUCUUGGUUUGUGUUGGUAUUGUGUUCUUGAUUGUUGCUAUGGUGAUGAAUAUUGGAGAAUUGUUCAGUGCCAAGAAGAGCCAUGACGAUGCAUAUGAAAUCUCUUUGUUAUCUUCUGAUGGAUAUAAACCAGCAAAUGCGUAAAAAAACUUCAUUUAGUUGGGUUAUUUCUAUUCACUUUAAGGUAUUGCGUAUCUUUUAAAAUAAAUAGUUUUUACAUUUGCUUAUUAUUUUAAAUUGAUCAUUUUUCAUUGUUAAUUGGCUUCUAGAAGCUUCAUAAAUCUUAAAUUAAUGUCAACAAACUCUCAUGUUAUUCUAGUUAUUAAUUAUGUUUAAUUAUAUUUUUAAUUAAUUUUCUGGGAAUAAGGUGUUAAAAAAACGGUA